UACAUAACUUUAAUUUCUUGUCAAAAUCAGAAUUUUGUCGCGAAAUGAUGCUGUGUCUGAACAAAACAUCGAUUUCAUUCGUAUCAUAAAGUUUAGAUUUUCAACGUUGAAUCUUAUCAAAAGUGGUCAGUCAGUUGGUUAUCGAGCAGUUGCAGUGGGCAAUAUCUUUCACGUAUCAUCAAAAUACAGUGGCCUGUGCUAUCUACCGGAACGAUGAGUUUUUCAAGCGACGAAGUUAAUUUUCUUGUUUACCGCUACCUUCAGGAGUCAGGGUUUUCCCACUCUGCGUACACAUUCGGCAUUGAAUCACACAUCUCGCAAAGCAACAUAAAUGGAGCAUUGGUUCCACCCGCUGCGUUACUCAGUAUACUGCAGAAGGGUCUCCAGUAUACAGAGGCAGAAAUCAGCAUUGGAGAGGAUGGGACCGAACAAAGGUUAGUGGAGAGCUUAAGUCUGAUAGAUGCUGUUAUGCCGGAAGUGGUUGCAAUCCGGCAAAACCUGCAGAACCAACAAAAACAAACGAUCAAGACAGAAACCACGGAAACGAAUGGAACUGCCACUAGCACUGCUGAGGAAACCUCAACGGCUCAAACGACGACCUCUACGACAACAACGACUACCUCUGCAUCGACGCCCGCACCAGCGGAUAACAUGGAGGUUGAUCAGAGUAUUGAAAUUCCGGCUUCUAAAGCUACAGUCCUACGUGGCCACGAAAGUGAAGUAUUCAUUUGUGCUUGGAACCCUAGCACAGACUUAUUAGCCAGUGGUUCUGGCGAUAGUACCGCCCGUAUUUGGGAUAUGUCUGACAAUACGACAAAUGCAAACCAGAUGAUUUUAAGACACUGCAUUCAGAAGGGUGGUACUGAGGUACCUAGUAACAAGGAUGUUACCUCACUCGACUGGAAUUGUGACGGAACUCUGCUUGCCACGGGUUCGUAUGACGGUUACGCGCGUAUCUGGCGUACCGAUGGACUGUUAGCAAGUACCCUUGGUCAACACAAGGGUCCCAUAUUCGCGCUGAAAUGGAACAAACGAGGAAACUACAUACUCUCAGCCGGUGUGGACAAAACGACUAUUAUUUGGGAUGCCGCCACUGGACAAUGCACCCAGCAGUUUAGCUUCCACUCUGCUCCUGCUUUGGACGUUGACUGGCAGUCAAAUCAAUCUUUCGCUAGUUGCAGUACCGACCAGUGCAUUCAUGUGUGCAAACUGGGUGUUGAUAAACCCAUAAAAUCUUUUCAAGGGCAUACUAAUGAAGUAAAUGCUAUAAAAUGGGAUCCACAAGGCCAGCUACUCGCAUCUUGUUCGGAUGAUAUGACUUUGAAAAUUUGGUCUAUGAAGCAGGACACAUGCGUUCAUGACUUACAAGCGCAUUCGAAGGAAAUCUACACCAUCAAAUGGUCUCCAACAGGAACCGGUACAAACAAUCCCAACAUGAACCUGAUCUUGGCAAGCGCAUCUUUCGAUUCCACGGUUCGCCUCUGGGACGUGGAACGUGGGGCUUGCAUUCACACGCUCACGAAGCACACAGAGCCGGUUUAUUCGGUAGCAUUUAGUCCCGAUGGCAAGUUCUUAGCCUCGGGCAGUUUUGACAAAUGUGUUCACAUUUGGAGCACUCAGAGUGGCCAGUUGGUGCACAGUUACAAGGGCACCGGUGGUAUCUUCGAGGUAUGCUGGAAUUCACGUGGCAGCAAGGUUGGAGCGAGUGCCAGUGACGGCAGUGUGUUCGUGCUGGAUCUAAGGAAGUUAUGAGCGGGACCGACGCCGACCGCUGCUGAAAAAAAGGCCAACUCGACAGGCACUUGAAGUGGCCACUGAAAACGACGGAAAGUUGCAUGAUGCAUUUUGAUCAAAGGAAAAUGACUUUUGAGAUUUAUUUCAUUUUUUUCAACUGCAAUUAGUGAUUAGAUAACUUUAGGUAUUCGCUUUUGGCAUUGCGAUUCAAUGGAGUAACGAUAUGGUUUGUUGAAAAUGAAUUCAGUUUUGCUGUUGAAAUCACUUGGUAUACUUUCUGUGCUCGUUCUUCAUAUGAAGUAUUUUGUAGACUAUCGAAUUUCAGUAUUGUUUCCACAAUCGAUAGAAUUAUAACAGAAGUCUAAAAAAGUACAUGUUUCUGGCAAGGGUGUUUAAAAAUUUGUCACUUCCAAAGUAUACAUUUUAAUGGAAUAACUGUUCUAUUGUAAUUAAGUAAUCAUUAAAGGAACUCAAAAUUUAGUCAACAAAAUAAUACCGUGUACCGAAAGUAAUCGAAAUUAGUCGGUAUGUCUAUUUGAAAUGUAAUCGGGGGAAAAAACAAAUUCACAAACCUUAUUGUUCGCUGCCGAAAUAAUGUAUAAUCGCAAUAAAUUAAGAAUAUAGACAUAAAUAAAGUACACAGUAUCUUUUUA